ACAACUUCUUUUCCCUUUAUUCUGGUCCUUUUUUUCUCCAGUUAGUUACACCAAUUUUCUUGAGAUCCUCUUCCAGGCUCUUUUGCCAGCUAUUUCUAGCAUAAUUAACGUAACGUAACAGUAACAUAUUCGUAAUAUAUAUUUUUGUUCCCUUCCACUUUUUCUGAUUAAAAGUGUUUCGCCUUAAAUACCGAAUUCAUAAAAUACCGGACAGUUUCUAACACGACAUUGGGGGUAGAAUGAUGGAGCGAAUGUAAAGUGGUCCACCUUCCUGGUCUGAUUAAUCUUGCUCAUGUCCCUAUUUUAUCUCUUUUCAGGGCCAUAACAUAGGCACCUUGAACUGUGACAAAUUUUUUAAAUAAAUUUUGGCUGCAUUCUUCAAUUUUUAUUUUUGUUAGACUUAAUUUUUCUAUAUGUAGUGGUCUGCCACAGGACACUCGAAUAUUUCCUGGAUUAGAACGUCGAGAAGUACCUCUGUUCUCUGGGAGAACAUCAGAACAUCAUUAGCAUUCUUUUCUUUACCCAGAGUACCUAGCUGUCUACAAAUACAAUUUCUUAAGUCGCUGAGUACCUGAAUUACCUUCCAACGAUAUAGCCCAUCCAUCAAUUUUUUUAGGAUAAAAUAACCACAAUUCCAAUUCAUGAUAGCAAGAUGUGCAGGAGGUUGUUCUCGCUUAUAUAGAAACUGCAUUAUUAAUGGGUACUUCAAUAUCAAGAUUUGAGGAAAUAUUAGAUUAAAUUUUUUUUUGUUAUUUAUUGUAAGCAUUUUGUCUUAAUAUAAAAAUUAUAUAAGCCCUUUUUACAGCUACGAGAUAUUUUCUCCUAUAAUCUAAACUGACUUCUCAUUUAUGUUAUCAAAUUAUUGCUUGAUUAAUAAAAGUAAAAAAAAAUUCUUUGGUGAAGUUUAAUAGCUAAAUACUAGUUAAACUUCAUAAUAAAUGAUUUUUGCGACAAAAGAGCGUAAUAGAUAAAAUUUUACACGGAGAGGGGAAGUUUCAGGACAUGUAGAAGAGGAGGAGGAAAAAUAUUGAAAAUACGAAGGGUCUGAAGUAAGCCAGAAUGCCAUGGAUUUGGGAGGUAUACCAGAUGGGAACGAUGUUAGCGGUGACGACGGCGUGACUGAUGACGUCCACCAUGACCCGCUCAACGAAAACUUUGAGGAGACUUGGUCGGCUCUAGGAGAGCAGGAUGCCAGGAGUUCAGCAGGCAGCGACCCGGGUAUGCUGCCACCUCCUAUACCAGUGCUGCCUACAUCCUUGGGCAGUAUCAUAGGACAGCCAUUCGAGCAUCAAGGAAUGUCUCAACUCUCUGUUCUGAGGGCCGAUGUGUCUUCGUCCAUAAUCUCCAUCAAUGCCUCCAGAGAAAAAUCUGAGCUGCAGUUAAGUGAUGACAACCGUGUGAGAGACCCCAGCAAACUUCGCCUGGAAUUGGAAUUCACGGCUAGCAACCAUAUGCAGAUAGCGCUGGUGACGUCAGCUUCGCACGACCACCACAAGGCUUUCUACAAGGAUGACGUGAAAUCAAAGGCCAUCCUGUCCUCAAAAUCCUCUCCAUCACUCUAUCGAUCUUGUUCGAUUACUUCCAAACCAUCGUCCGUGAUCGGGAACGGCUCGCUGUUCUGCCGGAUCUGCCACGAGGGUGGAAGCAGCGAACAGUUCAUUUCACCAUGUUGCUGUAGAGGUUCCUUGUCCAGAGUCCACAAGACCUGCCUGGAAAGGUGGCUUGCGGAAAGCGAUUCCAGCCACUGCGAGCUGUGCGGGUACAAGUACAGAACUAAAAGGGUGCCGAAGUACGGGCUGAUGUCGUCGAUCUUCGCCUGGCUGACCAGCAACUCGACCUCCAGAGAGCGGCGGAACCUCCUCAUAGACAUUUUGGCCCUGCUCAUCAUCAGUCCCAUCAUCGGCCUCUCCACCAUCCUGGCGCUCCAGUUGGCAGACUCCCUCUUCAUCCUGGAGUCCAUGGAGAAGAUGGAACAAACUGAAAUACGCGUGCUUCCUCGAAGGGGUAUCGAGCCAGAUUUUUCGAACAAGUCGCACACGACCCUGGAAGUGGUGGGGACGAUGAUAUCCCGACUGGGCCAGAUGGGGAUCAUCUCGAUGGUGAUCACGAUGGACAUGGCCUACAUCUCGUGGGUGGCGAUGCGGCUCCAGGCCCACGUGACCAAGUGGUACACCUGGUACCGCCGCAACUGCAAGGUGACCCUCAUCGGCUACCCGGACCAGAAAAAUUCGCAUGCCGGACUGAACGUGCUUGCAAUCCGGAGUUUGGAGACCCCUGAUGCUCCAGAAGCUGCUGAUACUGAAAGUAGAAAUACGCCUAAUGACCAACAGUCUUUAAUCAAAAGUAAAAUACAAGGAAGGCAAAUGACUCCUAUAGAGUACGGAGUCUUUAGAGCGAUCGUGGUUUGGUUUACGCUAAAGAGGUCGAGGGAUGAUAGAAUAGAAAUGGCCCUGGACAUACUGAAGCUAUCGGCAGCACUGGCGGUGCUCUUCGUCAUCAACUACCAGACGCUGGAACUCUUGGGCAGCAUCCAGCGGUUAGACAUGUCCUUACAGGACUUUGUUGAUCCUUUUAUCGAGCCAGAACUGAAUUGGAACGAUCUGGCAGAAGUUGGCAAUAAGAUAUUGAAAAUGCUCUCGCUAGCCGUGGCCACGCCGAUAACUCUGGACUACAUCGCGACUAAGAUGCACAAUCUGGACUUCUAUAUCAGUCCUCAGUUGCAGUUUGGCCACUUAAUCCUGAAACGCUCUGUAUAUUGCGUAUAUAGGCAUGUGGAAGUAAAAAUUGCUCAAGCAAAAUAA